AUGAACCCUUAAUGCAAAUUACCAUAAAAAUUCGGUAAUUGCUGGCAAAUGUGUAUUCGGCUCAUACGCACAAUUUUGGGUAGUUUAUACUUUUAGAUGAUGUAAUUUCAAUGUAAUUUCUUUUUUGCAUAGUGAUUUUUGAGUGACUGUAAAUCGCGUAUCUCAAUGAUAUUUUUCAGUUAUGAGUUAUUAAGGAUCACCAUGCAAAAAAAUUUCGUGUACAACACGUACGUUGAAAGUGUCUUUUUUUCAUGAAUUUGCUGAAAAACCGAAAAAUACCUAGCCAAAAAUCUCAAAAAAUAAUUCGUUCUAAAAUAAUAGCAGCAUUAAAUACCCAAAAUGACAGAAAUAUGCUCUUAGGCGAUUUAUUAGAUAGAUUUUAUAAAGGAUCAGGUUCCUAAAUAUGAUGGAAUUACGGAGGAGGCUAUUUCUUGGCUUAUUUUAUGACUAAAAGUUCAUAUAAACAUAUAGGUCCACAAACGCUUCGUUACCACGAGCUACAGAGGGUGUUCAAAUUUCAAAAUGUUUUAAGUGUUUUCUUAAUAUCUCCUUCAGUUUUUGAGAUAUUUCGUUCAAAUUUGAAAUAUAAGUUACGCCGAAGGCCUUACACAAUUAGUCAUUGGCAGAAUCUACAGGUCUACUUUCCUUGUGAUGCUUAAAACAAUAUUUAUAUCCAAUAUGGUGUAAAAAUGAAAUAGAAUGAAUGAUGAUAGGUACUUCAGCAAUUUAUAAAUAAAAUAAUAUAAGUUCAUUGGGUUUAUGAAAUUAAUUAAAUUAUCCCAUUAAUUGGAUUCAUUAUACUUAGGUAACCUACAGUGUACCCUUUGUAACUUUUACAGGUGACAAAACCCAAAAGUAGCAUACAAAAACACUACUUUGUCACAAAGCUGGACGUAGCAAUGCAGUUCAUUGAUUGGCUAUCGUCGACAACCGAAAGAAUCAACCAAUGCAUAACGAACAACAAAAAGGAGGGCUUACAAGUUCUACAAUCAUAUAUUCCUCUGUCAUUUCAUCAGUCAUUCUUUGUGCUGCUACAAGCCAGAAUCCAUCAAGACGAAAAGCAACAUAACUUCUACACGUGCACCGAUUCGACUGGAAUUACAUACAUCAUUCGCAACACUGCAUACCUGAAGAAAGUGUUCGACACACCUCAGAUAUCGCUGCAACUCGUUCAAGUGCAUGAGGAAAUUAUCACUCAUAGUGAUGGCCCUCAUUUGUUUCUUGAAGAUAAGAUAUGGUACCUUAAAGUGGGUAUGGCGGAAAAUGGAGGUCCUUUCACACCUUUUACGUUGAAUUGGGCACCGAGUGUUUUACCUAUCAGUAAUUUUGGAAGGAUGGACGUUUUGUUUUAUGUUGGAUGUCGAUGAAUAUUUACAUAAAUUUUGCUUAUUAUUUCCCUUUGUUGCUAUAUUUAAGUAUUAAUAAACACAAAAGCCAG